AUGAAUAGAUAUGGGGAGAUGUAAUGGAUUUUGGUUACAAAUGUUAAAUGAUCUGAACGAACACUCUCAGAAGAAGAAGAAGGAAGAGCCUCUUUAGGAUGAGAGAAAAAGGUUAAUGAUUGGUGUGAAAAAAGAUCAAAAUAUUAGAUUGAAUUCAAUAUUCGACUCGAUUAGGGAUCGAUAAGAUCAGAGACCAAUAAUAAGCCUAAACAUGCUCAAAAGCGAGGGAACUCGAAUCUUAUAUAACUCCUAAGACGCUUGACUCAUUGAUUAUUAAUUGUAACCAUUUUAAUUUAAUACACCUAUUUUCCUACUACCCUAAUAGUUAGGUUUUGAACCUUAAAUGUGAACCAAAAUGUAAUGAAUCUAACCCAGGAUUGUAAUACUGUAUGAGGGAAUUCUCGGGUGGAAGGAAUGUUCUAUAGAAUAUCAGUGUCUGAAAAAUUCAUCCAAUGAUAUCUUU